AACCCGCCACAGACGGAGGCAGAGACUCUGUGAUAAAGACCGGCUGGCAACAGGCAAUAAACAGGCAGCAGGAGGCGGCAGGCAGCGGCAGAGGAACUUGCAGCAGAAACAGCAAUUCAAAGUCGGAGCGUGGGAAUUGCAAAUCACAGUUAGCAGCCAGCCACAACCGCCACAACGCUUUUGCUCUCGCUCUCUCUCACAACGCUCACCGCUCUCACAGCGCUCGCCAUACCUCGCCGUUCAAUAUAACUUGAUUUGGGGGCCUACCGCUCUCCCAGUCUCCCAGUCUCGCAUCGCGUAUAUUUGGGGGCGCUUCGGCAGCCCCACACGACAGUUGUGCUUGGAACGCUUCGUAGUGAAGAUCGUGCUCGAUCGGUGCGCGCCCUACACCGCGAGAAAUAAAUCACUGAAAACACAUAUUGGCAGAGGGAAAAGAAACCCUCAUAUAUUAUUUUGUACCAACGACGACGAACUUCGCGUGUAAAUUAGCAAGCGUUCGGCAAGAAACAAGAAACAAACAUUUUUAACCAAAAAAUCGCACAGUUUUUUUCGGGAAAAAUACAACAGAAAUUGGCUGUAAAUUGUGAAAAAGAUACAUACCAAAAACGUUAAAAGCGAGUGAAAUUUGUGUCAUAAGCAAAGCCAAACACACAUAAGCGCAAAGCCAAAACAAAAACCAAAACAAAACAGUAAAAAAUUAAAAAAUAAAAUCAGACAGAGGUGACUGUCGAACUGUAAAGUGAUGUGCGUGCAACCAUCAGCCGGGGAACUCCAACAGAAAUAGCCAGAAGAAUGGCAAUAGAUUUCCUCAUUUUGGCCCUGCUGCUCGUCUCGUUCCUCAUCAACCUUUUGGCGCUGUGCGCGUUCUGGAUCACGCCCGGACUGCGCACCACGGCCAAUCGAUUCACCAUCAAUUUGCUGGCCAUCAAUCUGAUCGGCUGCUGCAUACUCGCACCCACCCUCUUCCUGGGCGGAGUCAGGAGCCUCAACGAGCCCCAGUCCGGUCCCGCUGCGGAGAGCAUCGAGUUCUACUCGAAGCCGGGCAAUCAUCAGGUCACCAUCCGGCGCCAUGGCCAGGUCGUGGAGCAAGACGGCAUCGUCGUGCGGCGAAACAUCAGCGACGGUGACACCAUCGAGACCAUAUUCAAGUGCAACGCUACCUACUGCCGAGAGCUAACGAUCGACGAGCGGGGCGAUGGCGGCAUAGUCAUCACGGAGACGGAGACCCAUGAGGACAACCUGAGCGCCUUUGGCAGCACCCCCAGUCCAUUGCCCACUCCGGCGUUCGUGUUGCCACCCGUAGAGAUGCGCUGCUGGUCAAUCGACAUGACGGCGGCCUUGGGCGCCCUCGCUGUGCUUCUGGUCGUUGGAGACACCUGGUGCGCGGUCACCGAUCCCCUGCGCUACCACAGCCGCAUUUCGGGCGUAAAGACAUGGGUCUUCAUCGCCCUCACCUGGGCCGUGGGGAUCCUCUUUGGAGCACUAUCUGCCCUCCGGGUGCUCGACUUUGAGGCGGACACGCUGCUCAGUCGCCAGCGGCGCCUGGCAGCCACCUUCUUCAACAUCAGCAGCACGAACAGCAUCUUUGGGGUGGUCUACGCCUGCGUGUACUUCAUCGUGAUAAUUCUGCUGCCCUUCGGCUUCGUUUGCGGUAUGUACUGGCGCAUCUUCAGCGAGGCGCGAGGCAACGGACUCCGAAUGCGGCAGAACGGAUCCUCGCCGCUGCUGCAGAGCGCCCUCAAUCUGACGGGAGCCCACCAGGCGGCGCAGGCCAAUCAGUAUGCCAACAGCCUCUGCGUGCACAGGCACUCCAUCUCCUCGGCCAGCUCCCAUGGCGGCUGCAGUGGCGGAGGAGGCAGUUCCAGCGUAGGCGGUCUUCAGAUGCAGAUCGAUCAGCGCCAGCAGCGCAGCUCCCCCAGCUGCCUGCGACGCGAUUCGGCAGCCAAGGUGCUCCUGCCCACCAUUUCCGAUGACGGAGGCUCAGACGGGGACGCGGAGAGCAACGUCGGCAUCCAGUUAAUGCCGGUGCCGGAGCAGACGCUGGCCGAUCGCAACCAGAACAUCCUGCUGACCCUCCAGACGGCCAGCGGCGAGAUCAAACGGAACUAUUCGGCCCGCCAGCUGCCGCUCCUGGGCACAUCCUCGCAGGAUCUGCGAGAGACAAACCGCCUGCAGGGCAUCCGCCAGGUGCACAGCUCUCCCAAUCUGCACAAGUACACGGAGCUGCGCCAGGACUCGCUUAGCGACGAGUGUGGAUCGCCGCACCUGCUGGGGCACGCACAGCUCCAGCAGCAGCAGACGAUCCAGCAGCAUCAUCAGCAGCAGCAGCAGCAAAGCCACCAGCAUCAGCAGCAGCACCACCCGCACUUUAGCUCUCCUCGGCACCAGCAUCUGCAACAUCAGCACCAGCUGCAUGGAAGCUUGGGCGGACCCUCGGGCCAUGCCCUCCAAAUACCCGCCAUCCACGCCUCCCCCAAGGCCCUCAGCUACAUGAGCUCGCUGCGUCAUCGCUUGAGUAAUGCCAGCUCGCUCUUCAAAUACCGCGAGGAGUCGCGUGCCGCCCGCAUCAGCAUCCUGGUGGUGAUCAUGUUCGUGGUCUCCUACCUGCCCUUCGGGCUGCUGGUGCUGCUGCAAGCGCGCCUCUCCGCGGCCAACUUUGGGGGCUCCUCGCAGCUAGCCAUCUUUAUGAUCCUGCUGGCCAACCUCAGUUCGCCCUUUAUUUUCGCGUAUCGCAACAAGCGGGUGCGCCGUGGAGUCAAACGGCUCUUUGGUUUGGAGUCCUCGAGCUCCCUUCAGCGCCACUGCAGCAGCAGCAUCAAGACCAAUGGCACUGGUGGGGCAGGCGGAAUCGUGUCCGGACCCAAUGCCGCCCAGCUGCAGAGGAACAGCAGCAAGCUCUCGCAGUACAGUAGCAACAGCUGUCGCUAUCUGACGCCCCAGAGCUCCCUCGUAAGUCAGUGCCAGCCCGCAGCGGUGCACACUACCCUGACCUUGCGUCCGAACAGCAGCUGUAGCACCAUCAUCAACUUUGGGACGACCACACGGGGAUCGGCAGAGUCCGAGGACCUACCCUCGCCGCCACUGGCACCACUGGCACCACCGGCCCCACCACCACCUCCGUCGCAGACGAGGAACAUGCGCCCCAAGCUGCAGCGGGGCAUCACCAUUGUGGAGCACAUCUCCCUCAGCCCGCCGACGCCGCGUAAGUACCAGGCGCGCCGCGGCCGCCUGUUCGAGAUGUUCUUCCGCGGCUCCAAGAAGCUGCAGUCCAACUGUGGCAUGCCCACAGAGGUCUAAGAUGCCUAAGAGAUCGGAGAGCGGAGUACACUCGCUUGCUGAAGAAUUCUAAAACAGUAUUCGUAAUUUGUAAGUUACCAAUUAGCAAAGACAACAACAAGUGUUUGACUUUGAAUUUUUAAGCCGAAAUAAUGCUGUCUCUAGAAGCUUCUCAUGCCAAAAAAAAUGAAAACAAAAACAAAAACAAAAGAAACAAGGAAAGACGAUAAAUGCGAGUGCUUGUCAAACUGUUCAAACAGUUUUAUAAGCACACAAAAAUAUAAGAAAAAUACGAAGAACAAAAGUACCUUUAAA